CUGCGGCAAAACACUGCGUCAAAUACAUCAAAGUUACGGCGCCUACUGGGAACCAAGAAAUCGGCAGUACAGUGGACGUGAAAUGGGAUACUACGGUACUUCCAUGUGGCCUCAAGCGCUCUGAUCGUGUUAGCGUCCGUAUCAGAUGCGUUGUUGAAUCACAAUGUGGAAGAGAGCAGUUCCCACCUGCAUCGGCUGUGCCGAGCGUGCCUUUCACGGACGGACACAAGGAGAUUAAUAUCCCUAAUGAUCCUACUCUUGUUAACACUACCUUCCAAGCGAUCAUCUUCGAUGAAAAUUCGGAUGUUUCGGGAUUUUCGGUUAAGUUUAA